AUGGAGGAAGCACGAAGCGCAGCAAGUCAGGAGAGUUUGGACAUUCUGCAUGAUAUGUCGAAACUGCUCAAUACAGGUCUCUCGCGAGAACAGCUACGCGCAUGUGUAGAGCUAAUCGAAAGCGGGGUCAGCGCCGAAGCAGUUGCUGCUAUCGUCGAGAACCUUCGAAAAGAGGCUGCCAAGCAUUAG